AUGGCCCACCAAACCCAUCGUCGACUCUUCAUAGCAGCCGCCGUCUUCUUCCUCAUCACCAGCUCCUACCUGUGCGCCACGCGCCUCUACAACGCAUCCUUCAUCCGCGGCGCCAAGGACGACAAGACAAAGCCGUCGUCUCCCUCCCCGCCCAAGCCCGUCCACGUCCACCUCACCGACGCUGACCUUUCCAUGACGUACGGCUCCUUCCGCCGUCCCAGCAUGGACGGCCUCACGCUCAUGGCGAGCCUGCCCGACGAGCUCGUGCCGACGUACGAGAACAAGCGCCGGCUGGUCAUUGUCGGUGAUAUCCACGGCAUGGACGCCGUGCUGGAGAAGCUGCUGAAGAAAGUCGACUUUGACGGUAGCAGGGACCACCUCAUUGCCACGGGCGACAUGAUCAACAAGGGGCCGAACUCGCCCGGCGUCGUCUCGCGCCUGAUGCGCCUCAACGCCAGCGCCGUGCGCGGCAACCACGAGGACCGCAUCCUGCUCUCGCUGGCCGAGGCCGAGGCCCAGACGGGCGUCAGCAAGGACCUCUCGUCCGCCGACGCCGAAGCACACCGGGGGGAGUCCGAGUUCCUGGCCACGGGCCGCAAGCUGAGCAAGGAGCAGGUCCACUGGCUGGCCAAGCUUCCCGUCAUCCUCUCCGUCGAGCCAUUGCGCAUGUUCAUCGCCCACGCCGGCCUCGUUCCCGGUGUGCGGCCGGAGCUGCAGGACCCUUGGGCCGUCAUGAACAUGCGCACCCUCAUCUACCCCCGCGAAGACAUGCGCAAGAACGAGCUGAAGAAGAAAUCCGAGACGAAGACCAACAGCACCUCGGACGAAACACCCCAAUCACCUCCCCCUACCGAUCUACCAUCCGAAUCUGAAAAAGAAGAAGAGGAAGAAGGCGAGACACUCGAGUCGAUUGCCGAAAAGGACGCCUACACAGACCGCGAAGUCGCCAUCCCCGUCGAGGGCCGCGACGGCGAGAAGUGGGCCAACGCAUGGAACCGCUUCCAGAAGCGCCUCAAGAAGUCGCACCGCUACACCGUCGUCUACGGGCACGACGCCAAGAGGGGGUUCCGCCAGGAGCGCUACACGUUUGGCCUCGACUCGAAUUGCGUCCGGGGCGGCGCCCUGACGGCGCUCGUGGUCGAGGGCAAGGAGGGCGGCAAGGGCGGGUUUACUCAUACCGUGAUGCAGGUGAACUGCAAGUGA